CGCCCCCACUUCCGCUCCUGCGCAUUGGAGCUGUAGGGGAACCACGCUGGCUGGAGGACAUGGCUACUUCCAGGUUACCCCCGGCGACUCUAACACUAAAGCAGUUCAUGAGAAGGCAACAAGUUCUACUUCUCUACAGAAGGAUUUUGCAAGCGAUUCGGCAAGUUCCAAAUGAUUCUGAUCGCAAAUACCUCAAGGACUGGGCAAGGGAAGAAUUCAAAAGAAACAAAGGUGCCACCGAAGAGGAUACAAUCCGGAUGAUGAUUACUCAAGGCAAUAUGCAGCUCAAGGAGUUAGAAAAAACACUUGCUUUGGCAAAAUCUUAACUGUAGCAUUAUCCUGAAAGAUUUUCAAAGCCUCCAUGUAUAUUGUUGAGCUGAUUCGACUCCAUGAUGGACAGCCUAACACCAAGUCAAACUGUACAGUACUUGGGAAAAUACAGAACAUGGAGCAUGGCAUGUCAAAGAAAAACACAUCAGAACAAUUGCCUUAACACUGAAAAAUAUACUUUGUAUUCUGAAAAUGUUUUUGGAUAUGUCAGCAGUUUAAGCAGCAAAAACCAGUACAGGUGGUCAAUGCAGAAGGUGAUCCCUACCAUUAACUAUCUGGGAAAUACAAGUCUAAACCACACUGAGACACUACCAUAUCAGCUGAAAUAACUAAUUAAAAAGAUAAUAACAAAUGGUGGUAGAGAUAUAGGAAAAUUUAACCUCUCACACAUUGCUGUGGGAAUAGAAAAUGGCACAGCCACUUUGGAAAACAGACUGUCAGCUGCUUAAGAGAGUAAAUUCGACAGUUCUGUUCCUAGGUCUGUAACCAAGAGAACUGAAAACCUUUCUACAAAAAAACUUGUACAGGAAUAUUCACAGCAGCAUCAUUCAUACCAGCCAAAAAAUAGAAGCAAUCCCAAUGCCCAUCAACCGAUAAGUGAAUAAAUAUGCCUAUAGAUUUAGUAAUAAAAAGGAAUUAAGUACUGAUACAUGCUACACAUGGAUGAACCCUGAGACCAAUCGCAGAAAAUCACUUAUUGUAGGAUUCCAUUUACAUGAAAUGUCUGAAAGAGGCAGAAAGAGGUGGUUGCUCAGGGCUGUGGAUAGCCUGGAGAGGAAUUUAAUGGAUAUGGGGUUCCCGUUCUGGGUAAUAAAGCACUCUAAAGUUAGAUUGUGGUGUUAGAUGCACAACUCAAUAUACUCAAGUCCAACGAAUCGUACAUUUUGCAUGUAUGGUAUGUGAAUUCUGCUUCAACAAAGCUAGGUUUUUCUGAUUUUUUUUUUUUUUUUUUUACUGAUACACAGCAGUACUAUGCGUCAAUUAAAUAAGUCAAUAAAGCUGUUUUAAGAAGCAGUAGGAGAUUUAUGAUUGGAAGCAUACUGACCUCAGGAGAUACCCUGGACCUUUCUUGAAAAAAGUCCUUCUGUGUUACCCCUCAGGGUUGUUGAGGUAGGUUCUUCAGAUGUGUUAUGAUCUCAUAGCAGAGGACUCCGAAAAGUCACCACUGGGAAUCUAGAUCUUUGUUGGAAAGAGGAGAGAGAGAAGCCUCGUGAACACAUUGAAGCACUUAACCAAAAAAAAGAGACAACUUCUGGGUGAAACUAAUGCAAUUACCUUAGCAUCCACAAAGAAAGAAGUAAAAGGAUCAGGGAAUAUCCUUGGUGCAUUAGGUUCUCCUCCAGUGACAGGAAGAGAAAGAGUUUUAAGAAUACAUUGAAGACAAGAAAUUGACCUGAGCACAUUUUGAGACCAAAAUGUGUAACACAGUUUAGUGAAAGCUUAUGGAAGAGGCUGGAUUGACAGUCCUGCAGACUGACCUCUGUUCAUUUACAGAACAGAUCUAAAAAAUUAAUCCAAGAACCUGACCAACACCUGGAAAAUGUAGGAAAAUUUUUGCAGAAUGGUUACCUAGUACUGGAUUGUGUGCUAAAGGCAAGAGAAGCAGAUGGUGGCAUUUGUCAAUGACUUACAUUAUUGCCAGGGUCCACCUGACCCUUCCAUAACCUCAAAGCCUGCAAGACAAAAUCAUUCUUCAACAGGGUGAUCGAAUUCAAAAUGCAUGAGCUAAUUAUCAGGUUUGUAUAUAGGUGUACACAUUAGUCAACCUAUCACAAGGCCAUGUGAUGAACCAGAAGCACUUGUGAACAGUUUCUAAACACAGAAUACUUUUCUUUGUACAGCAUGAUAUACACACUCGUUAGGCUGUCUCUAAUAAAUCUAAGAUCUUGACACUAAAAAUCAUCCUUUUAUGAGGUGUAGAAGUCAGUGACCUGGGUGACGUUUUUACUAGCACUGGUGUAUGUCAAAGAUGUAAGUGCAUUUGUGGUUUAGAUUUGCAAGAUGCAAAAAUGCCAAGAAAAUCUAACUUGAGUUUGUUUUGAUUGUUUAAAUUGGGCAAAACACUGCAAAUUUUCGUCUUCCAGAGGCUAGGAUUUUUUUAAUCUUAUAUAAUAAUGGACAAGACUUUAGUGCUAAAUAAAUCUUAGCCUAAACAAC